AUGCGCCCCAACUCCAUCAUAGCGCCCUUCACUGGCCUCUUGGUCGCCGGAGCAUCGGCCACUACCCAAACGGUCACUCCUCUCAAGCCCGUCUGGCCCUCAAAGUCUCACAAAGAGUGGCGUAUCGAUCUCGGUCCCCGCCCCGGCUUUCUGGUCGAUGACAUGGACGAGGGUCCCCUCAAGAAUAAGCUAGGUCAAUGUCUCAAUGACCCGACACCCCUCCGCUCGUCGCCCUGGGUCGUUGCUCACCGUGGCGGAGGCACAUUGUUCAUGCCCGAGCACUCGAUGCAGUCUCUCAUGACGGGUGUGCGCACGGGAGCCGGUGUCCUCGAGUGCGACGUUUCCUUCACCCAGGACCGUGAGCUUGUCUGCCGUCACAGCCAGUGCGAUCUGCACUUCACCACGGACAUCCUCCAGAGGCCCGAGCUAGCCGCCAAGUGCUCCGAGCCCUUCACUCCAGCCAGAGACGGCAAGGAUGCUUCAGCUAAGUGCUGCACCAGCGACAUCACUGUCGCCGAGUUCAAGACGCUCUGCGCCAACAUGGAGGGCGAGAACACCAACGCCACUACCAUUGAAGAGUACCACCCUAGCACUCCCAACUGGCGCACCGACCUGUACGCCACAUGCGGCGAGACCAUUACUCUCGAGGAGCACAUUGAGACUGUCAAAUCUCUAGGUCUACUGCACACCCCCGAGCUCAAGACUCCUGAGAUCCCCAUGCCCUUCCAGGGUAACUACACCCAGAAGAUAUACGCCCAACAGCUUAUCGACACGUAUCGAAAGCACGAGGUUCCCGCCGACCAGGUCUACCCGCAGAGUUUCCUGUACGAUGACAUCCUGUACUGGAUGGCCAACGAACCCGAGUAUGCCCGCCAGGCCCUUUUCCUUGACUCGUACGGAGAUACGGCAGAAACCUUCCCUGCCGCCGUCAGCAACCUGACCAACUACGCCGCCGAUGGUCUCAACUACAUUGCCCCUCCCAUCGUCUACCUCGUCACCGCCAAGGACGGCAAGAUGGUCCCCAGCGAAUAUGCUAUCGAGGCCAAGAAGCUGGGUCUCAAGAUCCUACCCUGGACGAUGGAGCGUUCUGGGCCUCUCGCUUUUGUCAAGGAUAACGGUGACUAUUAUUACCAGUACUUUGCUGAUGCUGUCCACAAGGAUGGGGAUAUGUACACCUUGAUUGAUCUCAUGUACAGGAAGAUUGGAAUUGUCGGUCUGUUCAGUGACUGGACUGCUACUCUCUCUUUUUAUGCUAACUGCAUGGGCAUCUUUGACAAGCCUUGA